AAUUGUUUAUUCGAUUCAAUACUCCUCGAUUCCCAUACUCUGGAAGCUCCCUCCCUCUAAGGUAUUAAAAACAACCGCAAGGCCAUGGGAUGGGUUACUUCUACUUAUUGCGAGUAGUACAUAGGAAGCAUCCGUGCGCCUGCUCCCUCUUAAAAUUUAAGGAGUCUAUAUAAUUUACCCCUCUUCUUCUUCCUCUUCCUCUUCCUCUUCCUCUAUAUGUAUAUUGCUACUAUAUUUUAAUGGAGAUCUCCGCCUCAGAAGUUGCGUCUCCCCUUCGUCUUGUUCCCCUUCUCCGAAUCCCCCCUAAUUAAAUCCACUCCCUGAGCCCACACCCUCACACUUGGAAACCCUAAUCGAUUUGUUUAGGUUCCUACCGAAGAUUGUGAAGAGAAUGGCGGAGAAGCCGCUGAUGUUGAAGGAUUACCUGGAGAUCGAGAUCGACUCCCAAGCGGAGUCGAGCGACGGGUUCCCCUGCUACCCGCGGCUCGCCGACGCCGCCACCGUGCGCCACCUCCUCGCCGCCGAACUCCGCGGCGGCGCCGGGAAGCCCUUCUACCGCCCGCGAUCGGCGAAGGGGGGCGCGCUCACGCGGAUCUCCGCCGCGAUCAAGCUCAAGCUCCUCCCCUUCUCCGCCGCCGAAGGGAGAAGCGGGGAGGGGUUCCUCGCCAGAAGCUUCUCGAAGCGGAUCAGGGGGAGCUUCUGGAAGAAGCGAUCGGAGGAUGCGGAGGGGAAGGGGGAGGGGGAGGGGGAGCGGGAUCGGAAGCGGAGCGUGAGGGUGAAGGACAUCGUGCGGCUGAGAUCGUUCGAGGAGAUCGAGGAGCGGCGAUCGUUCGGUUGCCCUUCGCCCGUGGUGAGCAGCUGCGGUAGCUCGUCGGAGAGCGAGUCCUCCUCCUCGUCUUCGGGCUCCGAUUUCGUGAGCUCCUCCAUUGGGAGCUCCGAGUUCCUCGACGAGAUCGAAUCCGCCGCCGCAAAGAAUAGCUCGCCGCCGCGGAGCCCUAACGCAAACGCAAACCCUAACCCUAACCCUAACCCUAACCCUAACCCUAACCCUAGGGUUUGUACCGUCGCCGACAUCGGCGUCCGUGCGGAGGGGACGGCCACCGGAGACACGAAGGGGGUGGAUAGUGAAUCAAGGGAGGAGUGUCAAAUGGAGGCGGAGGAGAAGGAGCAGCUAAGUCCUGUAGCGGUGAUGGACUUUCCCUACGAGGAUGAGGAUGAGGAUGAGGAUGAGGAUGAUGAUGCGACCACCACAACCACUUCCCCUUCUUCUCCCUCUUUCCAACAAACCCUUGCCAACAUCGAGAGAACGAAGCUGCAGCUGCUGCAGAAGAUCCGACGGUUCGAGAGCCUCGCCGAUCUGGACCCCGUCGACCUGGAAUCGCGCUUCGCGGCCUCCGACGAGGAAGGAGAGACCGACGUCGGGAGCCCGACCGGAUCGCGAACGGCGCGGGGCCUACUCGCGCUCCUCGAGGCGGCCACCGGGGGGGCCCACCACGGAAGCUUCGAGAAGCUUCUGCUGGACUUCUUCGCCGAGGGCCUCUCGCACGUCGACUCCGCCACCACCAAUUCGUCGGCCGAGCUACUGGAGUACGCGAGGGAGUGGACGAUCGACGGCGCGCGCCGCUUCUGCUGGGAGGAGAAGCAAUUGGAAAUCAGUGAGAUGGAGAGAAACGGACGGUGGAGAUGCUUCGGCGAGGAAAAGGUUCAAUUGAGCGCGCAUUUGGAGCGCGCCAUAUUCGACUCGUUGGUAGAGGAGUUUGUGUCGUGGUAAAAGAAAAUAAUAAUAAUAAUAAUAAUAAUAAAAGGGUACGUUGUUUACGAGAGGGUUAACAAAAUUUUAACACAAUGUGGGGACGAAACGGGAAGUGUCUGUAUAUGUCACGGACGAACGUAGGUCACGGUAGAACCCAAAAUUUUGUAGGGCGAGAUGUGAUAAAUGUGGUUUUGAGGUUUGGCAGCGUGCGUACAUAUCUGUUUUGGAUUGUUUUGCCUGUACUGUACGUUUUGCUGGUGAACUUUUCUUUGCACUCCCUAUUAAA